AUGAGUGAAACUCCUUCCACUAACUUUUCAAUGAUUCAUGCUGCUUCAUCUGAAGGCCAAGUUUCCUAUGCUCGUCAUUGCAAUGUCAUUCAACCAGUUGUGGCCAAAAGAAUUAGUUUCUAUAAGAGUGGAGACCCUCAGUUUAGUGGGAUCCAGAUGGUUGUCAACCCUCGCUCUUUCAAGACUUUUGAUGCUUUGCUUGACAACUUGUCAAAGAAGGUCCCGUUGCCCUUUGGAGUCAGGAACAUCAGCACCCCACGGGGUAUCCAUAGCAUCACCAAGCUGGAGGACCUUGAGGAUGGCAGGUCAUACAUCUGUUCCCACAGGAAAAAAAUAAAACCCAUUGACCUGGAGAAAGCUCGCCAGAAGCCCCUGCCCUGGCAGAGCAGUAGGCCUGUCAGUGCCCGUCGCCGAGCUGCGCAGAUGGCCAGGGCAAAAGAUUUUGGCCUGGGUUAUCGAGAGCUUCCUGCAGUGGUUCAGACGCCCAGAAAGCUCUUAGUUUUCAAAAAUGGUGAUCCCCGGACCAGGCAGCCGAUAAUUCUGAGCAGGAAGAUCACCCAGAACUUUGAGGCCUUUCUGGACCACCUGACUGAGCUCAUGCAAUACCCAGUUGUGAAGCUGUAUACCACAGAUGGAAGAAAGGUGCCCAGCCUACAGGCAGUUAUACUGAGCUCCGGCGCUGUGGUGGCUGCAGGAAGAGAACCAUUUAAGCCAGGAAAUUAUGACCUUCAGAAGUACCUGCUUUCUGAUCAUUUACCAAGGACCUCUAGACACAUUUACCCCAAAGGACAAGCUAAACCACAAGGCAGAAAAAAUGGUAAUUGGAAGGUUUCAAUAACUACCAGUGAAUUGCCGUGUGCAGGAACCAGCUCACAGAUCUAUAUUGUAUUAUAUGGACACCACAGAAGCUCAGCCCCUAUCUAUCUUUAUGGAAUAGGUGGGAAUGUAUUUCAAGAAGGCCGAGAAGAUAUCUUCACUCUGAAGACCGGAAAUAUUGGACAGCUCCAUAAGAUACGCAUCGGCCACAGUAAUUCUGGUCUUUCUCCUGCCUGGCAUUGUAAAGAGAUAAAAUUGCAGAAUCUUUUCUCAGGGGAAAAAUUUCAUAUCCCUGUUUGCCGCUGGUUGGCUCAAGAUCGAGAGGAUGGAGAAAUCUGUCGGGAAUUGCCUGUUUUUCAAAAAGGCCAGCCAAUCCUUCCAGUGACAGUGUAUGAGGUCCGUGUGACAACAGGAGAACGGUGGAAUGCUGGGACAGAAUCCAGAGUCUACAUUUCUAUCUAUGGAGAGAAAGGAGAUACAGGUUCCAGGCAACUGUUUAGAUCAAAGAACCCCAAGAAAUUUUUAAAAGGACAAACUGACAUUUUCUCCCUUGAAGCUGUGCAUCUUGGGUAUUUGUACAAGAUUGUUAUAGCACACGAUGGACUUGGCUCAGGAACUGGUUGGUUUCUUGAUGACAUAGUGAUCAAAGACCCUACCACAGAUCUUGAAUAUGCCUUCUUGUGUCACAGAUGGCUGGAUCAUGGAGAGGAUGAUGGGGAAAUUAUUAGAGAACUAUAUCCUAGUGAUAAUAGCACCUUCUUUGGGAGGCAGAAGUUAGAACUUCAAAGAAAAGAAGCUUGGGCUGCUGAAAGUUGGAAAUUGAGGAAAGGAAAUACUCUUCAGUUCUACAACCGGCUUAGUGGAGGCUUUGUCCGUCUCCACCCAGAUGGCACCAUUGAUGCUCUUGGAGAAAAGACAGAUAAAAAUGGUCUUUUUGAUGUUGUUAUCAAAAGAGGAAAUAUAUGCAUUUUCCAAAGUCAUCAAACAAGAAAUCUUUCUCUUGGCCUUGAUAAUAUCUCUGGAAUGGCAACUGGAAAGGCUAAUAGUGGAGUUUCCAGUGAGCUUCGAGUACUUUAUUUGCCCAAUCGCUGUGCUAUUCUGGAAUCAGUCAUGGUCCCUGGACAUAUAGUUGCUUUCAAUUGUCAAGGCAAAGUGGCUGAUGAAUCAACAGAUAGCUAUGCAGGGCUCUCAAAAGAAUUUGUGAUAUAUGCUAAGGGUGUGUUCCACAACAGUGCAGUGGUUCUACUUACCACAAGCUUAUGCCAGGCACUGACCCUCCGGUCUGAUGGAAGCUGCAGUGGUGCAGGGAAUCAGUCUGAAGAAUCUCACUGGAAAGUACAUAAAAUCAGCUCUGGAGUUUGCAUGUUUGAAAGUGUGAAAAAUUCAAGAAUGUUUCUCAGAAUCAAGAAUGGCCACUGUGAUGGAAGAGGCACAGGAGAUGUUGAUUGUCACUUUAAAAUUCAGAAGAACUUGGAAAAUGGAUCCAUAAGUCUGGAAUCAGUGAAAAGCACAGGCCUGUUUGUUGGACUUUUGCCGGAUGGUCAGACAAAACCAGUUCUUUAUAUUAAAGACACAAGUGUUUUCUUCUAUCCACAAGUUAUCCAAUUUGGCAGGGGAAAACCGAUGGGAACAUCUGCAACAGCUAGCCAACAGGAAGAAAAGGCCAGAGAGUUGGGGAACCAAGUAGAGGCAGCAUCCCAGUGCAUGGCCCACAGCCCAUUCCACACUCCAGCCUCAACAGAAAUCCGUAAUACUUCCACCACUGACAGGAUUCUUCUCUCAGAUGAUGAAUGGCAGGUGCUGGUGCUGACAGGAAACACAGGGACUCAAGCCAAUGUUACCCUCUGGGUAUAUGGAGACAAGGGAGUUACUGGACCACUACUUCUUGGCAAGGAUAAUAAAGAGCAGCUGUUCCUUCCAAGAAAGGAGGAUGAAUUUCAGAUUCAAGUAAAGAACAUUGGCAAAAUAUUCAAGAUCAGAAUAGGACAUGAUGGAACUAGUCAACAGCCUGAAUGGAGUUUACAAAUGGUGACAAUGCAGCAUUUAAAGAGUGGGAAGACCCUAAACUUUGUGGCAAACAAAUGCUUAUCUAGAAUCCAAGGAGAUGGAGACAUUGUCUGUGAGCUACCUGUAGAAGAAGAUGGAAAAGCAAUUUUUCCAAUAGUAAGAUAUGAUGUUAAUGUCUACACGGGCCAGUUGAAAGAAGCAGAAACCACAUCUGCAAUUUACCUUUGUCUAUACGGAGAAAGAGGUGACUCUGGUAUAAGGCUUCUCCACAAAUCAGAUAUGCCAAUAAAAUUCCAACGAGGUCAGAUUGAUAAGUUUCAAGUGGAAGCUGUAUCUCUGGGGAAACUGCAGAAGGUGCUAUUGCUCUGUAAGGCCACUGACCUAUCUCAGUACUGGUACUGUGAGAAAGUCAUAGUCAGAGAACCAAUGAAGGAAUUAGAGUCCAUAUUCAACUGUGAAAGGUGGCUUCCUUUUAUGUCCCAGGGUAUAAUUCACUCAGAAAUAGAACUUUAUCCUCAAGAAAUGCAAAUAAACCAUCAGCCUAAAAUGCAAGAGGAAGCAAACGAUGGUGACUGGAAGAUCACUGUUGUCACAGGGGAUUAUGAGAAGGCUGGCACAACUGCUACAGUGUCCCUUUAUGCAUAUGGAGAAAAGAGGUCUUCAGGUCCCAUCAUUUUGGGAUCUGGGAAACACCAGUUGUUUAAUCCCAACAGUGCAGACAUAUUUAAGAUUAAUCUUAGAGAUGUUGGCGAAUUGUAUAAAAUACGAAUUGAACAUGACAAUAGUGGAAAGGAUCCUGGUUGGUAUUUGGAAGAAAUUAAAAUGGAAGAAAUAGCCACUGGUGAGGUGUUUUCCCUCAUAGUUGAUUGUUGGAUAACUGAGAAUGAAGAUGAUGGAGAUUCCUGUAAAGAAAUAGCUAUUAACAGACCUAACAAGAAGUCCUUGCCAUUGGUGGUUUAUGAGAUUCAUGUCUACACUGGAUCAAAACUCGGAGCUGAAACAGAUUCUAAUGUGUUAAUCAACCUUUUUGGAACCAGGGGAGAUUCUGGGAAACGAAGGCUUCAUCAGUCCAAAAACAAUCAGGUCAAGUUCCGACAAGGACAGGUGGACGUCUUUUUCAUUAGGGCUGUGUCUCUUGGAGAACUGAAGAAAGUUUUAAUUAGUCAUGAUGGAACUGGCCCAGGUGGACAGUGGAUUAUACAAGUAAAAACAGCUGAAGAUUCUCCAAAAGCUGGAGAAUGUAAGAGGACUCUGGUGAUAUAUGGUUCAAAGGGGAAAAGCAAGGACCUUAUCCUUUCACCAAGAAAUCCAGGACAAGUGUGUUUUCUUCCUGGAACUACAGAUGAAUUCCUUAUUGAAGUUGGAGAUGUUGGAGAUGUGUACAAGAUUCGGGUCAGCUGUGAUGAUUUGCCAGGCUUUGAGGGUUGGCAUUUGAAGUCUUUUCAUAUAGAGGAGUCACAGACCAAACAAGAAAUGAACUUUGACUGUAGCUGCUGGUUCUCCCGAGAAAAUGGGGAAUUGGUGAAAGAAUUCCCUGCAGAGACUAAGGACCAAAACCCUUUACCAGUUGUUAACUAUAUUGUUUCUGUGUACACUGGAGACCAAUGGGGAGCUGAAACUUUUGCCAAUGUUUAUAUCACUCUCUAUGGAAAAAGAGGGGACUCAGGAGCUAGGAAGUUAUAUCAAUCUUUGAAAAAAGGAGAAUUAUUUCAAAGAAACAAGCUGGAUUUAUUCAUAGUGGAAGCUGUUUCCCUCAGUCACUUGGAGAAAGUGCUUCUUGCACAUGAUGGAGAAGGUUAUGGAGCUGGACUUUAUUUAAAGAUGAUAACUAUUCAGGAAUCCAAAAACCCUAACAUUGAAUGGGUAUUCCCAUGUUGGAAUUGGCUUGAUUCCCAUUUGGGAGCCUAUGUAACUGUUUCAGAACUGAAGACUAUAGGGAAAAGACUGAUUUGUAGCCCUGAGCAACCUUUAAUCAAUGGGCAUGGUUCAUGGAUAGUGGAUAUCAUUGGAUCCGGGUUGAGUACCAAAGAAGAAAUGAUGGAACUUUCCCUAGUCUUUUACGGACAUCUGAACCACAAAAAGCUAACACUUCACAUGACAGAAAAUGGAGCACAAAUCAAAGAUGAACUUGAGGGCAUUGGAUCACUCUAUAAGCUUCAGGUGUCAGGAAGAUCUAUCCAGCUGAAUAGGUCUUGGCAUUUAGAUACAGUAAACCUGAGGCAUAUGGGCAGUACUUUGGAAAUGUGGUUGAUUUUUGACUACUGGUUUAGGUCAAAUGAAGAGGACUGUGUGGAACUUCCUAUUCUGAUUUCAGGCCAAGACCCUCUACCAGUGACCCGACUGAAAAUCCCCAAACUAUUCAUGUACUUCCUGUGGAUUAUUAAAAUGACAUCAUACCAUUAA